AAUAGAGCAGGCUGAAGCUCGGUGUGGGCCCAACUUCAGAUGUAUGUGGAGCCUGAAGGUCGGACUGCUGUGUGUGUGAGAGUGUGUGUCAGAUACACUGUAGGCUACUGAGGCGGCAUCAGUUUGAGCGAGGUAUUUCUCUUUACCCCGACAAACCUUCAGGGGGCUUUUAGCAUUUGUUCAGUCUGCAGUCUCUGGAAAACAUCUGAUUCAUUUUUUAACCAGUCCCAGAUGCGGCAGUGUGAGAGUGUGUGUGCAUGAGCGCGUCAGUGUGAGUUUGUCAGUGCAUGAGCAUUUGGGGAGAAUAUCUGCUGUCUAGAGAAGGGGAGGGAAAGAAGAACCGUGUGGAUUUUUUUUAAUAUAACUUUUUAGGUAUGAACGCAGAUACGUGCGUCUCAUACUGCGAUAUGACAUCGAUGGAUUCAUAUUAUAGCACGUCUACUGCGCAAGGUAGGGAUCACCAGGCGAACCCGUUCAGGACUUUCCCGAACACUGAAACCAAAUACAGCCCCACGUUCAUUCCGGGUAAAGGGCAGGCUUACGGAGAGAAGUCCCGGAGUCCUUUCCAGUCGGAGUGCCAGUCGUUGGAUGGCGCUGAGGAGGGCACCUUCAGCAAAUACCAGCUCUUCAUGCAGCGACCGACCUGCAAAACUCCACCCGAAGGUAGCAAGCUGCACCCGGACAGCGGCCACAACGGGACGCUCAUUCCCUGCUAUGGAAAAGACAACAGCGGCCUGACUGAGUCUGAAUUGCCCCCGAGUGUCGACCCUCCUGGGAUGGAAGGCAGCUACCUGAACCUAAAGGAGCCCGGCGUGAAGGGACCGAGUGAGCGGCCGGGCUCUGACCUUUCUAGCCCUCUGGACAAAAGUGAGGCUGAGAGCAACAAAGGCAAGAAGAGACGCAAUCGCACCACAUUCACCAGCUACCAGCUGGAGGAGCUGGAGAAAGUUUUCCAGAAGACACACUAUCCAGAUGUUUACGCCCGGGAGCAGCUGGCACUGAGGACAGACUUGACGGAGGCUCGUGUACAGGUGUGGUUUCAGAAUCGCAGAGCCAAGUGGAGAAAGAGGGAGCGUUUUGGCCAGAUGCAACAGGUCCGAACACACUUCUCUACUGCUUACGAGCUGCCUCUACUGACUCGGCCCGAGAACUACGCACAGAUCCAGAAUCCUUCAUGGAUCGGGAGCAGCAGUGGAGCAUCUCCAGUGCCGGGCUGCGUCGUGCCUUGUGACUCUGUCCCCUCCUGCAUGCCCCCUCAUCCUCACGGUCCUGGAGGCGUCUCUGACUUCCUGGGCGUGCCCAGUCCAGGGAGCAGCCACAUGGGACAGACACAUAUGGGCGGCCUGUUUGGGGGUCCCGGGAUGGGCGGGGGAAUCAAUGGCUAUGAUCUCAAUGUUGAUCCAGACCGCAAGUCCUCCAGCAUAGCUGCGCUGCGUAUGAAGGCCAAGGAACACAGUGCAGCCAUCUCUUGGGCUACAUGAUGUCUUAGCCCAGUUCCACCCUGCCCCCAUAGGGCCCCCUUCUCCGGAGCAGCCAUCAGCAAGUGCUGUGGGGGAGGAGGGACUUUUCCUGAGAGCACUAAUGAUAACACAGGUCAAAUGAACAGGGAGAGACUGUGGAGAUAACAGAGGCCAUUAGAGCGGCCAAAGCAACCAAGAUAACAACUGUGACUGUGACAAUCAGCAGAUGCUGAAAGUGAGAGAAAUACAGAGGUGUGAUUUAGAGGAGGAUGUUAUGUUCAUUCUUGAUUCCUUGAUCUCUCAGGUCUCAUUAAAAUCUGGGGUUUGUUCCCUGAAAAACUGGGUAUCAUUCACAGUAGUGAUAGGUUUCAGUAAAAUAAGCAAUAUACUAAACACAGUUUACAAAAUACCUUGAUAGAAUACAGGAAUUUAAUCCCAAAUCCAGCCAUGUCAUACAGUAUUUUCAUUUACAGAAUUAAGUUUGAUUCAUAUUAUUCACUUCCUUUAGUUUAUCUUUUUUAUACAACCCAUCCUGCCCCACUCAUGUUGUUUGUGCAACUUUAAACUUAUCUCUCAAAUUGUAUAACUAAAGCCAUUAAAAAAAACAACUACUACUUGAUGAGAGCAAGCUCAGAUUUGUACCAAGUGCCUGUAACAAUAUUAAUUUUGUUUUAGCCUGCGGAAGGUAGUUUAUGUCCCUGCAAAGAACGACACAGGUUGGAUGCGAUAAGUGAACAGAGUAUAACUGAGCAAGAGCAGACAUGGCCUGUGCCAGUGUAGUCUGGGAGGAGGGCAGGCACUGGAUUGGCAGCAGUUUCAAACCAACGUGUCAUUUCCUCCCCCAGGGCUGCCUCCGCAGGUUCCCCUGCUAGGCUCAGGUCUCAGGUUACAGGAAACAGCGUGUCCACUGGCAGACGAGGCGCAGCAACGCACAGCAGCAGCCGUCAACACCAACUAACCACGCCAACUUCAAUCAGCAACCAACAGGAAUAGACACACUUAAUUAGCAUCAAAGUGAGCCGUCCCUGCCCCUGUGAACACCACAGUACAUCACAGCGUACACGGUGAGGACAUGCUGCACACAAGCUGUAAUAAUCAAUUCAUUGUUAGAUGUGGGCUCAGCAGAGAUGACUCCUCUGUUCAUAGCUUGCUCACAGAAUCCGUCACAUGCCAGAGACUGCAGGCCGAAUCAGUGGCCCCAAUCGUCCUGAGGAGCAUUCUGUAAUGUUUAGGUAAUGUGAUGACAUUAGAGCUGGACUGCAGGAAUGUGGUGAGUAUGUCCAGUGAUUGCAGGGGUGUCUCUGUGUGUUACCCCGCUGGAAUAAGCUUGUCACCAGAGCUGGGCUGCAGGCUGGGGCUCGAGACAGGCUUCAUUAGUUUUUUGGCUGAUCCCCCUAUGACGCCCGCUGGGCUACAUAUCCGUUUUCUUUCCCCUGUGUGGAUGAUGGCAGGAAAGUCUGGUUCUCCUCCUCAUAGCUGGUUGAUCAUUAUAACAUACGAGUGCCCAUUACAGCCCGCCUACUUGAGAGUAGGACUGCAACUAAUGAGUAUUUUCAGUAUCGAUUAAUCUAGAUUACUUUUAUCGAUUGGACGAUUAAUCGUUAGGCCUAUAAAAUACCAGGAAUUUUUUUUAAAAUCACAAUUUCUCACAAUGAUAGUUUCCCAAAACCCAACAUGACCUCUUCAAAUGUUUCAUUUUGUUGCACAAAACCAAAAGAUAUUCAGUUUUUCUAUCACAUAAGAUAAAGAAAAGCAGCAAAGUGAAAAGAUUGUACCAGAGAAUGUUUUGUUUGAAAAGUACGUUAAAUUAUUUUGAGAGUUUGGCGUGUUCAACAAUUCCACAUAAUUUCAAUUUCAAAGUUUCCCUUCUUUACAUAUAAAAGAAAAAAAACAUUUAACAAUUCCAACUAGCAUCCAAAAUUCUUUGAGGAAAUAAAUCAUUGUUCCCUUCCCGACAACAGCAAGUAAGUAAGAUGACAACAUGAUGAGUACUUUGAUAGUCUUCAUGCUGAUAAUAAAUUCUACACAGAGGGUGUUUUGGCAUUAGUCAAACAAGUGGUAUUGAAUAAAAAGGCAAAGGCUUCUAAAGUUGAGCCAUGACUCCAUUAAGUUAAGGAGAAACAGUUUGAAUUAAUGUAGAUUUCGUUGGAUGUCAAAAUUUCAAAGAUAAAAACAGGAUGCGGUCAAACUAAAUUUAUGCAUGACAACAUGUGUGACUUAAUUCCUACUUUGUCAAGUCGAUUUUCUUCUUGUUGGUCCUCCCUCAGUGCUCCACCCCUCUGUAGCUCCGUCCAUGUUGAUACUACUGAAAUAAAGCAAUUGAAAUCCACGGUUAUUAUGUCAUAUUGUGUAAAUGUGAACAAUAUAAAUGAUAUUGUUCUUUUGCUUGUACAUUUUUUUUUUGCUUAUUUGUCAAAUAAUGAACCUCCAGAGAUAAACCAAUGAAGUAUUACAGUAAUAUUGUCCAAGAAGUAUAAAAUUAUGUUGUAUGUUAUUCUGAAGAGUUGCUCUGGACUUUUACCGAGGUUGAAUUUGCUUUCUAAUUUUCUUACAGCUUCAAGCAGCUUUUUGUAUAUUAAUCAAGUAUUUUUACUUCUGAUUGUGACUUUAUAUAAUGUGCUAUUGCAAUAAGUUAUUGCACUUACAGUGUAAUUUUUGUCUUCCAGUGGGACAGUAGUGUCUUUUCAACAGUCAAGAACUGUCUCCCGAGUCCGUCCACAUUUAGCACCAUGAACAGCAUCAUUAAGAACUGUUUAAGGUACAGGACAUUUGUUUGUACAGAUGUAACUCGCUGUUUCUGUUGAUGAUGGUUUUGAAGUGAUUUUGAAAUAAAUGAAUCUCCAAUGGUUAAA